AUGCCGGUCGAUCACACGAACAACCUCACGCUGCGCAUCCUCCACGCCGCCCACGAGGGCAAGUACGCCAUCAACGCGCAAUCGUGCUACGAUGCGCAAUCCGUCAUCGCGCUCGUUCGAGCUGCUGAAGCUUCGCGCUCCCCUGCGCUCUGCCAACUCUUUCCCGUGACCAUGGCGCAAUUCGGUAAACCCUUCCUGCAGUUCUGUCUGGACACGUGUCACUCUGCCUCUGUGCCCAUCUCUGUUCACCUCGACCACGCUGCCUCGGACGAAGAUAUCACCCGGGCGCUCGAUUGGGCCGAACAAGGCGUUGCGCUCGACUCGAUCAUGAUCGACUGCUCUCACUUCGAUACCGACGAAGAAAACAUCGCCAUGGCCAAACCCUACGUGGAGCGGGCGAACAAGCUCGGUAUGGCGGUCGAGGUCGAAUUGGGUAGACUGGCAGGGGGUGAGGCCGGGGUGAGGGUGAUCGAGGAAGGCAUGCUGACCAAACCGGAGAAGGCGGAGAGGUUCUUGACGGAGCUGGGUGCGCAGAUGUUGGCUCCGAGCAUCGGAAACAUUCACGGACGCUAUGUCAACGAACCGCAGUUCAGGCUGGAUCUACUCGAAGAGCUGCAGAAGACCGUAGGACCGGGAACGCGGAGCAACGCGUACAUCGUGCUCCACGGCACGGAUGAUUUGAAGGACGAGCUGUUCAGGGAUUGCACAAAGAGGGGUGCGUACAAGAUCAACGUCAACAGCUGGGCGAGAGACCCUCAGGUCGAGUACUGGAGCAAGCACCUGGAGAAGGAUCCUCUGCCAGAGGUGUACGAAGGUGGCAUGGACGAGUUUGGCAAGGUGUGCAAAAGGUUUUUUGAUUUGUUCGAGAGUUCGGGCAAGGCUUAG